GCAUUGUCACCCGACGUUUACGGGCCACUCACAAUAGCCACAGUAUAGUAUAGUGUAGAGAUAGCAGCGCCAUUAUCUAUGUAAAAGUACAGUCAUUACAUGUUUGUGUGCGGAAACGAUCGCGUUCCGUGUGUUAUGUAGAAAAACGAUAGUAAAAAGUUAAAUCUGUGUUAUAUUACAGGCUAGGAAAGUUAUUGCUACGUAAUGGCUGAACCUCAAAAGCCGCGUGUUUGCGUCAUAGGGGCUGGCAUAGCCGGCCUGACUUCUGCUCACUAUCUGAAAGAAGAAGGCUUGAACUUCACAGUUCUAGAGGCAACACAGUAUGUGGGAGGCACCUGGAGAUACGACCCCCGAGUGGGCACUGACGAGUUUGGACAGCCGAUACAUACCAGCAUGUAUAAGCAUCUGAGAACAAAUUUACCAAAACAAGCAAUGGAACUGUCUGGAUUUCCAAUACCGAAGGAAUACCCUUCUUUCCCAAGCUGGAAGCUGUUUUACGAAUACUUGAAGUCCUACGCUAAACAUUUCCAAUUGGAGGAGCAUAUCAAGUUUUCUCAUCUAGUCGAAUCUGUGAAAAGAGUAGAAAAUGUGUGGAAAGUUAAACAUAAAAAUGUUAAAACCGGAGAACAAUUCGAAGAAGUCUGCGACUUUAUUUUCAUUGCUACAGGACACCACAGUAAACCAAACAUGCCUAAUAUCCCUGGCGAAGAAUUAUUCAAAGGAACAAUCAUACACAGCCACGACUUCAGAGAACCAGACCCCUACAAAGGCCGUCGCGUAAUGAUUGUGGGCUCUGGUCCCUCAGGCAUGGACAUAGGCCUCGACGUAGCCGACGUCAGCAAGACUUUAUUCCAUAGUACACACAGCAAAGUUACCUUCCGAACACCUUUCCCUGACAAUUUCAUCAAGAAGCCAGACGUCAAGAGGUUCACCGAAAACGGAGCGUAUUUUUCUGAUGGCAGUUUUGAGGAGUUGGAUGAUGUCAUCUAUUGUACUGGUUUCCAAUACUCGUAUCCGUUUCUGGACGAGUCAAGUGGCCUGACUUUUGCUCCUCGUUAUGUGAUUCCCCUCUACCACUACAUGGUGAACAUCAACCAACCGACUAUGAUCAUGAUGGGAAUGGUCGUAAGGGCGUGCCUAGUUGCAGCAAUCGAUGCUCAGGCUAGAUAUGCUACAGCUCUAGCCAAGGGUAAUUUUUCACUGCCAUCCAAGGAGGAAAUGUUAGCAGAAUGGCAAACCAGAGCUGAUUUAGUCAAAAGUAGAGGACGUCCUAUGAGUGAUAUCCAUCUUCUAGCUGAAAGAGAGGACGAGUACUACGCAGCCAUCGCCAAAGAGUCAGGCACAUCGCGAGUGCCACCGGUGCUGUUCAAAAUGAGGACACUGGACACAGCUGCCAAGCUGGACAAUCUGUACACCUACAGGAACUAUGUGUACAACGUCAUCGAUGAAAACACCUUCACCAGGUGCUAUCAAGAUCCGCGGGAGAGCAAGAGCUGUACUCCUUGAAAUUUUCAUAGACGUCAA